AAAAAAGGGAUAAUGAAAUAAAAAUCUAAAAAUAAUACCCUUCCAUUUCAUCCCGUCUUCUCUUCCUCCCCCUCUUCCUCUUUCCCCUACCCGUGGCCAUGGAGUCGUGCAGCUUCCGCACCGCCACCUCUCCUUCGCCGUUCCCCUCGGCUCCUUCCUCCUCGUACUCCUCCUACGCUCGCUCCCCUUGCCCCAAUAUCCGAUUCGCCAGAACGAGAAAUGGCAGGCAGAUGGGGAUGCGGAGGAGGGCCUCUGGGUUUGAUGCCUUCCCGCCCCUCCCAGGCAAGGUUUUCGUUGAGGAGACAAUUGGAGCUGAAUAUGGGGAAGGCUUUGAGACAUUUAGGAUGGAUGGACCACUCAAUAUCGAUGUGGAUUAUCUGAACGAAAAAUUGCAAGAAUGCUUCCUUCAAAGGAUAAGGCAUGCUAUGAAGCCAGAUGAAGCGUUUGGGUUAAUCUUCUCAUGGGACAAUGUUAUUGCUGACACAGACUCACUAAAAUUGGAUGCUUGGAGACAGCUUGCUCUGGAGGAAGGGAAGGAUAUCCCUACUGCUGCUCAUAUAAAAAAGAGUAUUCUUCAUGGUUCUGCUGAUCAUGUGCUUAGAAAGGUUUUGUAUUGGGCAAAAGAGGAUGGUCAAAUGGAAAAACUAAAGGCACGCCUUAUAGAGCUGUACUAUGAAAGUCUCUUCAAACUUGAUACACCAGUAGAGGGAUUGAGAGAAUGGUUGGAUGCAGUUCAGACAGCAGGCAUACCCUGUGCUGUGGCAUCAUCCCUGGAUAGGAGAUGCAUGGUUGAAGCUUUGGAUAGGAUGGCCCUAAGCAAAUACUUCAAGGCUAUUGUGACAGAUGAGGAUGAUAUGGAGUCAAUAGCACAUAGGUUUCUGUCAGCUGCUGUGAAGUUGGAUCGGAAGCCCUCAAAGUGUAUAGUGUUUGAGGAUGACCCAAGAGGUGUUACAGCUGCUCACAACUGCACUAUGAUGGCUGUUUCCCUGAUUGGCGCUCAUCCCGCGUAUGAGCUGGAACAAGCCGACCUUGCUGUCGCGAGAUAUAACGAGCUCUCAGUGAUCAACCUGAGAAGGCUGUUUGCACACAAGGGGAUCAGCUUCAUGGACAUGCAGAAGCAGAUAAUAGAGAGGUCACCACCCAAGAGGAAGCUGACAGUAGACACCAUCUUCUGACUGACUCUUUAUUCUGGUUCUCCUUUGUUCAUUCUCGAAUCGCCAGCCAGAUGCCCACCAUCUUUGGGCAGUGUAUAUAGUGUUGCAUUGCCUGUCAGUUAGAUAAGAUAGUGCUGAUGUUAGCUGAUCCUAUAUCGUUACAUUCGUUCAGAGAUCUCUGAAUGUAGCAGUUGUAUUGAAUUUUACUGGAAUAAAAGUGCUUCUGCUCCAAUCAA